AUGGCUUUCCACCUCAGAUCUGCUGUUUGUACUCAAGAGAGGAGAUCAUACAGCUGUCCAAACCAAGAUCCAGUCCUAUACCCGCGUUGCCAAGAAGGCACAGAAACAAUUCAGGAAAAACAGGAAGAAGUCCACUGCAGCAGAUCAACAAAGUUGCAGGGUGAUCAAGAUGUUGUCUUAAGCCAAAGAGAUUGCCUCCUCAAUGCUGGAACCCUCAUUGCAUCUCCUGUCGAGGAAAAUUGCGAUGACAAGUUCCACCAAGUGAUUUCUCAUAACUUGACAUGGUACCAGAUUCUAUAUGCUGUACAAGCCAAGAUCCAGUCUUACAUCUGCGUUGCCAAGAAGGCACAGAAGCAGUUCAAGAAAAUCAGCAAGAAGUCCACCACAGCAGAUCAAGAAAGUUGCAGGGUGGCGAAGAUGCUGUCGGAAGCCAGAGAGAUUGUUGCCUCAAUGCUGGAAUCCUCAUCGUACCUGCUGUCAAAGAAAACCAUGAUGACGAGUUCCACCAAGCGGUCUCUUUUCUCCAAGACAUUCCAGAAGAAAAGUUUUGUUUGCGAGGAGGAGCAACUGCAGGAGUUAGAGCUGGACAUCAUUGAUCUUGAGAGCGGAGUUGAGUCUUUGUUCAGGACAUUAAUCCAGAGCAGAGUUUCCCUUCUGAAUACUCUCACCUUGUAG